CUUACUUUCCCCUUCGCUCUCAAACACCAUAAUUUCCCCUGAUAUAACCAUGUUCAGGAUUGGAUCAAGAAAAAAUGUGCUGGUGUGUAGAGCUUCUUCACUUGCUCCUACCAUUUUAAACAGGGAACUAUCUACACAAACUGGAAGGAAGCUAGAACGCAAAGUAGCAUUAAUCACUGGGGCAGCAAGCGGUAUUGGAAAGGCAACUGCGGAAAAAUUCAUCAGUAAUGGUGCCAAAGUUGUCAUUGCCGAUAUAGAACACCAUCGCGGCCAAGAAACUGCGAAACAACUCGGACCCAAUGCCACCUUUAUUCCCUGUGAUGUAACAAAAGAAUCGGAUAUCUCUGAUGCUGUUGAUUUUGUAAUCUCCCAACACAUGCAAUUGGAUGUGAUGUACAACAAUGCCGGGGUACCUUGCUACACUACUCCAAGCAUCGCUGACCUUGACCUUGCUGUUUUCAACCAAGUCAUUGACAUCAACGUGCGAGGAGUCUUGGCCGGAAUCAAACAUGCCUCACGUGUGAUGAUCCCUCGUAGAGCUGGCUCCAUUCUCUGCACGGCUAGUGUCACAGGAAUCAUGGGCGGACUAGCUCAACAUACUUAUAGCAUUUCCAAGUCUGCUGUUAUAGGAAUUGUUAAGUCCACGGCAGCAGAGCUAUGCCGGUAUGGAAUCCGCAUCAACUGCAUAUCACCUUUUGCGGUUCCUACUCCUUUUACAAUAAACGAGAUGAGCCGGAUUUAUCCACACAUCGACGCCGAGCAGCUUGCAAGAAUGAUACAUAAACUUGGUGUGCUAGGCGAAGCAGCAUUGGAACCAAGUGAUGUUGCCGAUGCUGCAGUCUAUCUUGCAUCAGAUGAUGCAAAGUAUGUUAGUGGGCAUAAUUUGGUGGUAGAUGGAGGUUUUACAUCAUUUAAGAGAUUGGAAUUCCCUGCACCAGGUCAGGUGUUGUAACAUUAUCGCUACUCAAAGGAUAUAAAAUAAGAUUCAGCUAUAUAUAA